AGUGGCAUUCGACGCAGUAAGAACUGUCCUUGUGCGCAGCAAAAGAAAUAGAGCAACGACGAAUUUCUUCUAUAAUUAUACGUGGUGCUUUGAUGGAGCACAUCACCAUCGCGGCCGCGCUAAAUGAGGUGGGGUCUCUUCCUCACAACGAAGCUCCGCAUCCGCACGCCACCCCCGUUGCUGCGGUUGCCGCUUUCAGUGUCAGGCUGCGGGGCGAGGGCAAAGACGAUGGCCCAGUCACGGUGUCGGUAGACACGUCCUCCGCCUCUUCCCACAGCCUACACAAUCUGGAAUGUCAGCGACGUGUCCACGCUGAUAGUGGAGCGACAGCAGCGCGUCCCGUCGUCAUUCCGCCUCCGCCAGGAGUUACGGGUGCUGGUGGUAACGCCGCGAACUUGCCUUCUUCCUCGCUUCCGCGAAAUCGUGGCGACGACAGUGACGGCUCGGAUGUGGCCUCCGCAACGCAGCACCUCACCGCCGCAGACCAAGCAGCAACAACGACAGCGUCAGCUGUGCGGCUCUCCAGCAGUCCGGUCGACGUGCCACCCAGUGCGGUGCCGGCGAGCCGCUACAGUAACAUCUACGAUGGCCGUUUCCAUCUUCCGCCGGGUAUGACAAAGCGCGCUCUUGGUCGGCUGCGGUUGGUGUGGUGCUGCGUACUGACGCAAGAGAGCUGGCACGCCUCCUUCGUCGCAGGGCCGAUUCUCUUCUUUGUCAUCCUCUUCGUGACCCUCGUGGUGCCGCCGAAGGAGUGGUUUAGCUACCUCAUCACCUUCGUCCUCACCGUAGGCUCAUUGACGUGCCUGACGCUGUCCGUCACCCUCGAUCCGGGGGUGAUUCCUCCGGCGCCGCUGUCGGAGCAGCCGAGCGGGCCGGCGACGGUCGUGGUUGACGGGAAGCCGGUGGAGUGUAAGGUGUGCAAGACGUGCCACAUCCUCCGCCCCCCGCGCAGCAGCCAUUGCAAGUUCUGCGACGUCUGCGUGGCCGACUACGACCACCACUGCGGUGUUCUCGGCAGCUGCGUGGCGAAGCGAACCUUCCGCUUCUUUGGCGGCUUUUUCAUCAUCACAACCAUCUUGGCGCUCUACGUUGGCAUCCGAUCGUUCGCGGUGGUCGUCUCCACCGACUUCUCUCAGGGCAACGAGGACAUGCACUUGCUUGGGGUCGCGGCCGGGUCGGUCGCCUGCAUCGUGGGGGCCAUUGUUGGUGGGAUGAUGGUGCUUCCGUGCGCCGGUCGAUACGUCGUGCUGAGCGCCACGAACGAGACAACAAAAGAGACAAUGCGGCGCGAGCAACAGGCGGAGUCGGGCGAACUGCCAGGGUGCGUGCCAGUGGAAGAGGUGCGCGGUGGCGAUUACUGCAAGCACUUCGCUCGGCGCCUUUUUGGUCCACUUGGCCGCAGUCGAAUACCCUUCGACUACUACGUUUAG